AUGGAAGAAUAUGAAUACGAUCCCGAUGUUUGGAAAUCGUUGGAGAACAUCAGCAAGGAGGAACAUGAGAAUUUCCUGAAAUUCAGCAGAAUCUUCCUACCCUGCACGUAUUUGCUGGUGUUUUCCUUUGGCCUGGUGGGAAACUGUCUGGUGCUGGCAGUCUAUAUUUUUUUCCAGAAGGCAAAGAGCCUGACUGACCAGUUUCUUCUGAACUUACCCAUAGCUGACCUGCUGUUUAUCUGCACUCUGCCAAUCUGGGCUUAUGCUACCAUUCAAGAGUGGGUCUUUGGGCAAGUCAUGUGCAAGGUUGUUCUGGGGAUGUACACCUUAAAUUUCUACACAUCCAUGCUGUUCCUCACCUGCAUCACCAUUGACCGGUUUAUUGCAGUCGUUCAGGCCACCAAGACCCACAUCUAUCAAGCCAAAAGGAUGACUGUGGGAAAGACCAUCUGUGUGGCCAUUUGGGUGGUCUCUCUAUUGGUUGCCAUCCCACAGUUCACCUAUGCCAGUGUUUCUCAGAAGAACAAACAGGUUUGUCACAAUGAAGAAGGGGAGCUUUCUACUGUGAUCCUCUCCACCCAAAUGACAAUUGGGUUCUUCCUGCCUCUCGUAGCCAUGCUCGUCUGCUACUCGGUCAUCACCAAGACCUUAAUCCAUGCCAAAGGGUUCCAGAAGCACAAGUCUUUAAAGAUUAUCUUCUUGGUGGUGGCAGUGUUCCUGGUGACCCAAAUGCCCUUCAACCUCAUGAAGCUGAUCCGUACCACGGACUGGGAGUAUGACACAGACCCCUGCUUCCUUUAUGCCCUUGUGGUAACAGAGGCCAUUGCCUAUCUGCGGGCCUGCCUCAACCCUGUGCUAUAUGCCUUCAUCGGGCUGAAAUUCAGAAGGAACUUCUGGAAACUCAUGAAGGCCCUCAAGUGCCCCCAUGCCGCAGGGAAAGCAAGCCAGUGCAAGUCCAGCGAUGACACCUCUAAAAGCUUUAUUGCCUCCAACAAUGCCCAGGCCACCAACAUGUACCAGCUGUCACAAAUGCCCACAAUUCAGACAAGCCCAUAUGCAUCUAUUAUGCACCUACCAUGUGUGCCAGACAUCGCGCUAAAUGCAAUCGAGUGAAUAAUAUCUUCAGUGGGACUCUUGCUUGUAAACUCUGGAUUCUCACACAGAAGCGAGUCAGCACCACUUCUCUGGGUUAUCAAGGGCACUUCUAUCAUAACAGACCUUGGGCUGACCCGAUUCCUUCCUUGAACAGGAACUGUUGUCCAGACCUAAGUUCAGUGAUCACAAAACCAGAAUAUAGCAGGGACAUCCCCCCAGCUCCAUGUGCUGUGUGAACUGAGAAGCACAGGGUGAAGUGGCCUAUUCAAAUCCCCCACUGUCACUGCUCUCUUCAAGACCUGCCUUUGGGAACUGGAUGAAACAGAAAAAAACCCAUCACCAGUAAGACUAUGGACUCCGUGGCUCAGGGAAUGGCAUACAAAGCAUGGAGCUAUGAAAAUGAAGAGUGGGCCAGGCCUAAUCAAGGCUAAUGAAGAGACAUCAGGCAUCAGGCCCCAAACCAGACUUGUUGUCUCCCUUUCUACACCGCCCUCGUCAGUCUUCAAUAUUUCAUCUCCAUGCUCAUCAGAGUCAGCCUGCUGCAGGAAGGAGAGACAGGUUCUCUUGGCAGUGCAGUGUUUAGUUCUGAUAAAUGUGGGCAGGCCCAAUAGCAACUUCAUAGUUUGAAGGAGAAU